AUUCCCCAUCAAAGUGCAUUGAACUGAACAGGGAAAUACUAUCAGUGCUUUUUAUGACAUUUCACCUGGGGAACAGGUUUAAACGCAGCACAGAUUUAUUUGUUUGUUUGUUUGUUUGUUUGUUGGAGCCAUGACAGUGUUAGAAACAGCACUUUGUCUGGAUUUAAUGAAACUGCAUUUACAUUCAGGUUUGCAUAACCUGACCAGUCAGUUAUACUUAGAACUAUUCUAACUCUUAGGGCUGAUUCUCAUUGAACCCCAGUGCAGUGGCAUUCACAUGUAAAGAACAUCAUGCACAGCUCCAGGCUCAUGUUCCCAUCAGACUGGGGAUGAGGAACGGUUAGGGACCAGCAAAUAGUUAACUGCUUUUCAAAAGUUUUUUUUUUUUCCUCCUCAGUGUUUGGUGGGCUGUACGCUACAUUCCACAGCAGCGCCACACACACACACACACACACACACACACACACACUGACUGUGUGUGUGUCCUUUAGCGCUUUAUGAGAAGAGGAUGAUGUUCGGCUGAGCAGCUCGUUCGUAUUUAUUUAUUUUAUUUUAAAAACGUGUCCUCUAUAAAUGGGAUUAUUAUAAGGGAAACACAGAGAAUGGAAACAUUAGACGCGUGUGACCCGUACCGCCGCCCGGCGCGCAGGACACAAUGGAUAGUGAGCACACUGGCUUACCAUUAUGGACUGGACCGCGGCGUGGAGAACGAGAUCAUAGUCCUGGCUACUGGUCUGGAUCAGUACCUGCAGGAGAUUUUUCACCACCUGGACUGCCAGGGCGACGGCAGGAUCCCCGCCGAGGAUUUCCAGAUCCUGUGUGAAAUCCUGGGGCUGAGUAAGGAGACCGAGGCGGAGGAGUGCGCGGGGAUUUUGGAUAGCCUCCCGAGCGAGUUCACGUUCCGCCACUUCCACGCCAAACUGUGCGGCUACUUCAGCACCAAGGCUGGCUGCCACUACGAGGACGGCCGGCUGCUGGUGGGCCGAGAGAGCGAGCACAUCGAGACGCAGAUCCGUCUCCGGAGCCCGCUGAGGCGCAGGGAGAAGCUGCUCAGCCCGGGCACCGGGAAGCGCACCAGUGACUCCACGCCUGCAUCAGAUCAGCCCAGUUCAGGAUGCAGGCAAGGGUCAUGCACACGCGAGUGUUAUGAGGACAUUGUGGCUUUGGAGGAAGCAGAGGACAGGAUAGCCAAGCUGGAGGAGGAAAACGCAAGUCUUCGGGAGUUGGUAGAGGACAUGCGUGCGGCUCUUCAGAGCAGUGAUGCGCGCUCUUUGGCCUUGCAAGUUGGACUGUGGAAGAGCCAUGUGAAACACAGGCCAGACAGUGGCUGCUUUGUUGCCCAUCAUAAGCGCAUGGCUCAGAAAUCCACCACUCAUUGCAGUAAGAAAAGACUUCAGGACUUCUUGACAGAGCCAGAACUGGCCCGGAACUCUGAGCAGGUUGAGGAUGUCCUGUUUCUAAACAAGAAGCUGGAGCAGGAGCUGCGUGUAUCUAGGGAGGCUGUGCUGUUGCUAGAGGAGUGCAACAGAACCCUGAAGAAGGAGCAGGCGGAGAUGAGGAAGAAGGUUGAGGAAGCCAGGGAGGCUCUGUUCAGUGGCUUGGGCAAAGUGAAAGAGCUGGAAGCCAAAGCAAGCCACGUGCCUGUCCUGCAAAGACACGUGCAGCAGCUGGAGAUGGAGCUUCUCUAUUACAGGGCCGAGGUCACCAAAGUGCCAGUGUCUAAAGUAUUCAGCAGUACCGAUGAGCUGCAGUACAGGGGCAACAUGCGCCAGAGCGGCCGAUGUUGUCUGGAUACACAACGAGACCGUGACUCUCCAGCAGGCCAUGCAGAGACCACUCAUGACAACAGUCAGUUGUGUGCUUUCAACAUAAUUUUUGUGGAGGAGCAGCUCUUCCGCUCGGUGGAGGGUCAGGCAGCAUCAGAUGAAGAGGAGGAGAGGUGGACAGGAGAGCAGCAGAGACAAGUGGACGAGGUGAAGAGGAUUCUCACCAGGCUCUCCUGCUGUGGAGACAGAUGUGAUGAGAGGGCUCUGAAGAAGCUGCUGUCUCACUGGGGCGAGUCGUGGGCGGAAGAGAGCCACACUGCUGUUCUGCAGCUGUUGGAACGAGUGACUCGUCUCCACAAACAGCUGGAGCUAAGAGAGAGCCAGGCCUGGAGAUCUGAGACUGACCCUGAGCAGGUGAAGGACUCAUUAGUGCAGGAGCUACAGCAGAAGGCUGAUGAGACGGAGCUCCUCCACAGAGAACUGCAGAUGCUGGAGACGGAGAGGGUGCGUCUGUCGCUGGUUGAGGAGAAGCUUAUAGAUGUGCUGCAGCUCCUCCAGCAGCUCAGAGAUCUGAACGUAUCAAGGAGGUCCCUGGGGAAGAUCUUACUGAGUACGCUGGAGUCUUGCAGUGAUCCCCAUCAUGGUACAAAGUCCAAACCCUGUCUGUCUGUGUUCAGCAAAAUCACUCGUUUCAUUCCGCAUGAUCAUGGAGAUCCAUUUUGCCUUUUUUCCCGCCCCCACACAGGGAAGGCUCAUAUUCUGGAGGUGCUGAAUGCUCUUUGCCAUGAACUGGCUGCAUGUGAGAUCCUCUCAAGCAGUGGCACUUCAGAGAACCCACAGAGUCACUCAUCUCUCACCAACUCUCUUCUCAUCUCCUGCUGAGCAGCUGGCCAAACCGUACAGGAGGACUUUCUGCAGAGAUGCACUGUCUGAUGCUUUUCCUCUGUGCUCUCUGUGUUUUGUAAUGAACUGUUUAUAUUUCCGUGUUAUGAGUUUGUCUUCUCGCUGUACAUGAAGAGAUAUUUCAUGAAGUAAGCUCUCUCAGUUACCCAGAUAAGCCGAGUCAGACUCGGCGUAAGGUAUUAAGCUAACCCAAAUACUCAAUUUCUUGUCUGUGAACUUAAUUAUUUACCAGUACGUUUAAUAGAGGGUGGCACUAUGAUGCAGAGUGUAGCACUGCCACCUCACAGCUCCAGGGUUCCAUCCUGAGCUUGCGCUACUCUCGGUGUGGAGUUUCACUAGAUGUUCUCCCUGUGUCCGCGUGGGUUUCCUCUGGGUUCUCAGGUUUCCUCCCACCUCCCAAAAACGUGCUAGUAGGUGUAUUCUCUGGCUGCCUCAUUCCCAGUGUUCCAUGAAUAUUGAACACUCGGGAUCCACCAUGACCCAACCCGGAUAAACGAGUGUGUCCUCACUGUAGUCUGUAGCAUGAUGAUGUAUUGGAUUAGAUCCACUAUGUACCGGAUGUUCUAACCCUAACCCUAACUGUAGAUGAAUUACUCACCGAAAUACUGUCUCUGCUGUCGGCGCAUGCG